AUGACCGCUAAUCAUCGCAGGGCUGCUGGGCUGUUGCUGCUGAUUGCUGCUUUGAAGGGCCUUGCCUUUCUUGGCCCCCCGGCUGUGACGCCGGAGCCAAUGGUUCAAUUACCGCACCUUCUGCUAGCAGAGAUUGACAUGACCAAGCCAUACGAGCCCACAGAGGAGCCACCAAGCCCAGCUAAUGCUAUCAUGGGGAUGACCUUCAUCUUCGUGAUUGUGGCCUUCGUUGUGCCCCUCCUCCUGCUUGGCAUGAAGAGCCAGAAUACUGACAUUGCAAGCAAGGACGAAGCUUUGGCUGCACAGGACAUUGCGGCAGUAAAGUCCAAGUUGUACAGUUUACAGUGCACUGGGAAGGAGGAGUUCGUGACUCCCCUGCAUUUGAUGUGUUCGCAGCCAGGGGCUGGCACAUUGAUCAAGAAGUUGGUCGGCGAACACUGGCUGGAGAAGGUGGAUGAUCUGCGCUAUGUCCCAAAGAGCAGACUGGAGGGCUGGGGCGUUCCGUUGAAGCUGAUAGAUGAAGUCUACGACUUCUUGGAAGAAAAUGACGCAGAUGAAGGUGCGCACAAUGUGAACGCGUACGUAAACUACACUCUCCGUCCAGCCGUACAAGGCUUCACACCUUCGAUCUCGUUUACCAAGCUUCGCGAUGAUGCGGAGAAGCGCCGUCAUCCCAAGACCUGGGCAGCACGCCGUCUGCAACGCUGGUUUCGGAACCGGCAAAGGCAGCGUGCCAGGCGGCCCUUGGUGACGGAUGAUCAGGUCCUCUCUUGGGUCGAGGAUGGCGACUUCUUCAAGCCGGACUCAGGCAAAUCAAAGGAGAUGCGCGAAAAGAGAGCCAAAGAAUCGCUCAAGAAAGGUGUUGCCAGGUGGCGGGAGCGCAAACUGCGCGAGAAGGCACAGGGGAUCCGUGGCCCACAGGCCCGCCCCCCACCCGCAGAUCCAUUCUUGGCCAAGAUUGCAGCCACGAGUCCAAAUACCAUACCAGCUUUCCUGGCGCAGCGGGCUGCCGCGCAGCCAAGAAAGUGCGAAGUGUCCGAGCUAUUUAGCGAGUUCGGCAAGACGUUGAAUCAAUCAGAUGAAGAGUUGCGGCCGUAUGUUCACAGGCUUGUGACCAUCAACUGGUUGGAGGAGAAGGAGGAUUUGAUGCUCGUGGAAGACCGACACUGGGAAGCUUGGGCCAUCCCUGAAAAGCUGGUGGUGCUUGCAAAGAAAGAGGCCGAAAAAGCUGGUCCAACAAAGAAGACGUUGCGGCGGGAUUGCCAGUGCGUGGUGAGUUAG